AUGCUGCUGGAGAAGCGCCGGUCGGCUCCGGACCGAGAUCUCGGCUCCCCAUCCUCUUCCUCGCACUCUGCAUCGGCUCCGGCAUGCUUCUGGACGCGGAGCAGCUCGCCGCUGCCGCCGCCGAACAUCUCUGUCCGGCCUUCGUCAUCGUCUCGUCGCGUCGUGUUCUCCGUCACGGCGCUCUUCAACCUGGCCAUCUUCUCGCUCAACUUCCUGGUCGCACGCGGGCGAGCUGCCGGGGGACCAAGGCUGCUGCGCCGCCCAACCGUGGGAGCCAGAGCAGCGCCUGCUGUCUCUGCGUCGAAAUCUCUACUUGCCCCUUUCAUCGGGCUCUGCCUCGCCAUGGGAGCGGCGCUGCACGCCAAAUCGCUCGCCGCCGCCGCCGCCGUGUACCAAAUCGACCCUGCCGUCGUCGUAUGCGUCGUACUCGCCGGCGUCGCGUUCUUCUACUUGGCGGUCCUUUCCAUUCACAAGACCCUGGCGAGCCAUCGGGCCGAGGACGAGCCCAAGCAGCUGCCGCGCUCGCGUGGACUCCCUCUGCUCCCGUUCGUCGUCCUCGCGCUCGCCAUCUCCGCGGCGUCGUCCUUGGAGACCGUCAUGGCUGAUGGCGCGCCCGAUCUCCCUCAGGACGCCUCCGUUUGGGCCGCACUGGCCCUCGCCAUCUCAUUCAAUAUUGCUAUUGGCUCGCUCUACUGCUUCAUCAUCGAUGGACCUCCACCGCCUGCUGCCGCCACUGUGGAGCCGUGGACACGGACUAAGUCAGCCGGUGCUAUCGUUUCCUGCAUCACCGCCGCUGGUAUAGUAUCGUUCAUGCUCCUUGCCUGUGGUGGUGCAUCAGGAGCCAUUGCAGCUCGCAGUUGA